CACGAUGCAAGAUGUUGAGGGUUUAGCGGCCUAAAGUCUACAAAUUCAUCCACAGAGUAUUAGUGAAAUUUUUCGAGCAAAGGACAGGUACUAGUGGAUACUGAUCUGCUGGUUCCUGUCUCGCAUGCAUCAAACAAUGGCAAGUAUAUGAGCAAGACAUAGUGCAUGGUUUGACACAGGCUAGGAACACCAUAAAGGGUGCUUGCAAAAAAUGGCAGAGGAGCCAAUGUUGAGCCUGUUUGAUUCAGAUUCGGCCUUCUUGGAUGAUCUCACCAACCCUGGGACGACAGAAAUGGUUCCUUCUCAGGGUUUGGGUGGUGUGAUGCCAGGGGCAGAGAGCCUGAUGGCCUCUGGCAUGCCUGGGAUGCAGCAGCCUCACAUGGGCCAGCAACAGGAGGCCAUGAUACUGUCACAACAGACCCAGCAAGGGUAUAAUCAGAUGAGAGGACUGCCACAAGAAAAUUUUGGGAACAUGGCACCUCAGAAUUCUGUGAUGAAUCAACAAUAUGGCCGUGAAGGAUAUAAUCAGUAUGGAUCUGUACCCAAGCUUCACCACAUGAGCGACCAAAUGAUGAUGGGUGGACAGAACCAGAACAUGUUGGCACAAGCAUUGCCAAGACAGCAGCAGCAGCAGCAGCAACAGUACAAUAGUCCACCUUCAGGAGGGACAAUGAUGCAACAUCCAUCUAGUGGGUAUCAGAACUUUGGCAUGUCCCCUGGGCCUCGAUUACCGAAUCCUCAGCAACAACAAAUGGGAAUGGUUCAGAACUCGGUAUGGAAUCACAACCAGACAAGUCCAACACACCCUCAGUACAUGUCUCAGCCGACGCAGCAGCAGCAGCCGCCCCAGCAGCAGCAGCAACCUAUGAGCAAUACCACAUCACAAAUGUCCCCUUACAUACCCCAGCAUGACUAUGCUAUGCCCAAUGCAUGCCAGCAAGGUUCACGUCUUGGACACUACCAAGAUGGAGCUGCGCAGAGUGUACAAAGCAAUGCUUUUAUGCAGGGCAUGGCUUCCCCUCCUCAAGGAAGCAGAGUGUCCAUGGCCCAAGGAGUAAGCCCUGCUCAACCCUUUCAGCAGAGCAAUCCAGUUUCUAGCCAGCAGCCUGUUAUGGGAAUGUCCAAUUUCAAUGUUGCCCAACAGUCAUCGGGAAUGCAGCCAAGGUAUCCCGCUGAUUAUAUGACACAAGGACCACAAGUUAACUCAGGGACCACACCUCAAAAUAAACUUCAACACUAUUCCUAUACAGCUGGUCAACAGCAGACCCAACAACAGUUAUCUCAGGGCAUGGGAGAGUCAUCGUCAUUAGCACAUUAUCCUAAUCAGAGUCCCACAAGUAAUAUGUCUUAUAGAACCCCCUUUCCAGGAAUGCCACCACAGAGAGCAACAACCCCUUCACCAAGACCCACCCCAACACCGCCAUCUCAUACUCCAACUCAUUCCUCCUCAUCUCAGGGAAAUUUUGGUCAGUCAAGCCUUCAGCAGUUAGAACAGCUAGUUCCUCAGAUGGGCAGUUUGUCCAACACAAACCCUUUUCAAAGAGUGAUGCAAAGUGCUCCAACAUCAACCAUGGGAAUGAGUAUUGCACAGAAGCCACCUGUGUAUAGUAGUAGUAACUUUCAAACAACAACAGCACCAUCCACCACUGGAAUCUUGUCAGGAAACACAAUGCACCCAACCAUGGGAAUGGCGGUGAACACAGGACACCCAAAUGCUGCUGGCCCUCUUAGUCCUAGUCAUGGUAUGAUACCAAACCAGCAGAAUGUAAAUAUGGAGAUACAAAGACUGCAGCAGCAGAUUCAGCAGUUGUACAGCAUGCCUCAGACCCAACAGAUCCAACAGCAGAUGCUGGACCUUCAGGAAAGAGUGAGGAUGUUAAAGGCACAACAACAACAGCAGAUCUUGCAGAUGCAGCAGAGACAACAAAUGCAUACAGGAGCUGGAGCCCCUGGUCCAAUGCGAGGUCCCCAAGGCCAAGCUGUCCGUGGGAUGCCAGGGCCCCGUCCUAGAAUGCCACAGCCUCAGCUGCAACAACAGCAGCAGCAACAACAACUGUCCCCAUCACCACAGGCGGUGCCCAUCCAGGGCCCACAGGCCAUGACCCAGCCAACACAGAUGCCACCAACUAUGCCCCAGUUGUCGCCAACACCACCUAAAACACCUCAAGGGUCUUUAUCAGUGUCAUCACCACAGAGGGUACAACAGCAGUUUGUACAGCAGACAGACCAAUCUCAACUUCUACCUACCUCAAAGCCCCUGUUUGCUGCUGAGCCUGAACCCCUGUCACAGGCCCCACCCCUGCUGCAGGCUGUGCCUCAGCCCCAGGUUGAUGGCCUUGGAAUAGAGACCCCCUCCCUGGAAGAUCAUAUUGCCCUUAGUCCACCUAGUCUUGACAGUCUCGCCACCCCAGUCAUGCUUGAUAUUGACCUCAAUGAUGAAAAUGAUGAUCUAGUCAAAAAUAAGAAGAAAAAUGUGCACCAAGAAAAAGCGGACAAAAUAAUUGCUGAGGCAAUAGCCAAAGCACAAGCACAGGGACAAUCCAUACCAAAUGUGCUGUCACCUGCAACGAUUCCAGCAACUGUCACAGACGUAGUGGCAGAAAUUGAGAGUGAUGAAAAGACGCCAAAGAAGAAGAAACGUGUGAGGAAGCCUAAACCUGACACUGGAGAAAAGCCAGUAAAGAAGAGGAAGAAAAAGAAAGAUGUGGAAGUAGCUGCAGCUGAAGUUGUUGUUGAUGGUGAUGGGUCAUUGCUGCCUACAGUGGUUACCGGGGAUGGCAGUGAAGAAACUGGUGGCGAGGAUAAGAAGGAAAACAAAGAAAAGAAAGAUAAGAAAGAAAAGAAAAUCAGGACACCAAAAGUGAAAACACCAAAGAAGAAAAAGCCUCCUGCCACCCUGCUGAAGAGCAAGAAGAAGCGGAAACGUCCAUCUUCAGAUGUAUCUGAUCUGGACUUGUCUCCUCCUGGGUCACCAAAGGAAGAAGACGAGUCACUUAAACGGAGAUCAGCUCGAAACACAAAAAGGAAGAAAUACUUGGAUGACAUAGAGCUCAACUUGUCAGAUGACAAUAAUGCAGAUAUUGACAUCGAGGGCGUAGAGGGCCCGCUUCAAAUGAAAUCGGAAACUACUGCAGAAGAAGAUACCAUUGUUGUAGAGAAGAUUCUAGGUCACCGAAUGAGGAAAUUUGACAAGGAGGACGGUGAUGAUGGAUCUGAGGAGCCUGAAGAAGAGGAGGAGUUCUUUGUCAAGUACAAAAACUACUCAUACUUGCAUUGCGAAUGGAGAACGGUUCCAGAACUGGAAAAGGAUAAGAGGAUACAGUCCAAGAUCAAGAGCUAUAAGUUGAAAAAACUACAACUUAAUAGCAUUUUUGACCAGAAUGAAGAUGAUGAAUACUUCAACCCAGACUAUGUAGAGGUUGACCGUGUGCUGGACAUGUCUGUGACCACUGACCCCAACACAGAGACUGAGUUGACACACUACCUGGUCAAGUGGCGUGGUCUCUCAUAUGAGGAGAGCACAUGGGAACUGCAGCAAGAUGUUGACCCAAAGAAAGUGGAACUCUUCAAGAAGUGGAGGGAAGUUCCUGCAGAAGAAGAUAGAGCUGAAAUUGCUCGUCCUAAACCUAGCUCGUGGGAGAAGUCGGAUAAGACACGGACAUACAAAGGAAACAAUACACUGCGAGAGUACCAGCUUGAGGGUGUCAACUGGCUUACAUUCUGCUGGUACAAUGGACAAAACUGUAUCCUUGCUGAUGAGAUGGGUCUGGGAAAGACAAUUCAAAGCAUUACAUUCUUGUAUGAAAUGUAUCAAUAUGGAGUAAAAGGACCCUACCUGGUGAUUGUACCUCUGUCAACGUUAGGAAACUGGCAACGGGAAUUUGAAACAUGGACAGACAUGAAUGUUAUUGUGUACCAUGGAACUUCCCCCAGCAGAAACAUGCUGCAAGAAUAUGAAAUGUACUUCAAGGAUGAACAGGGCAUCAAAAUCCCGAACAUUUACCGCUUCAAUGCCCUGAUCACGACGUACGAGGUGAUUCUGUCAGAUCUCGAACUCCUCUCUACUAUUGAAUGGAGAGCAACUGUGAUAGAUGAGGCACACAGACUGAAGAACAAGAACUGUCGAUUAAUGGAAGGACUUCGCCAGAUUGAUAUUGAGCAUCGUGUGUUGUUGACUGGCACUCCUCUACAGAACAACACUGAGGAACUUUUCUCCCUCCUCAACUUCCUCAACCCAACCAAAUUCAGCUCAUCCCAGUCAUUUGUGAAUGACUUUGGUGAGCUCAAGACGGAGAGCCAAGUUGAUGAACUGAAAAAGAUCCUGAAACCAAUGAUGUUGAGAAGGUUAAAAGAGGAUGUUGAGAAAAACUUGGCACCAAAAGAAGAAACCAUUGUAGAGGUGGAGCUGACGAAUAUCCAGAAGAAAUACUACAGAGCCAUAUUGGAGAGGAACUUCACCUUCUUGUCUAAGGCUGGCAGUUAUGCCAAUGUACCUAACCUCAUGAACACAAUGAUGGAGCUCAGGAAAUGCUGUAAUCAUCCAUACCUUGUUCAAGGUGCUGAAGAUAAGAUCCUGGAAGAGGCCAGGGAGAAGUAUGGUAAUGAUACAGAACAGCUGUGCAGUGCCCUCGUCCACUCUUGUGGCAAGAUGGUACUCCUGGACAAGUUGCUUCCAAAACUGAAGCAGGGUGGACACAAAGUCCUUGUCUUCUCCCAGAUGAUCAGGGUACUGGACAUCCUUGAAGACUACCUCAUUCAGAGAAAAUACUUGUACGAGAGACUGGAUGGUAGGAUUAGAGGCAACUUGAGACAAGAAGCUAUUGACAGGUUCUCGAAGCCUGAGUCGGAUCGUUUUGUGUUCCUGCUAUGUACGAGGGCUGGUGGUCUGGGUAUCAACCUGACUGCUGCUGAUACUGUGAUAAUAUACGACUCUGAUUGGAACCCACAGAAUGAUCUGCAGGCCCAGGCCAGAUGUCAUCGUAUUGGACAGCAGAAGUCAGUCAAAGUAUACAGAUUGAUAACACGCAACUCAUAUGAAAGAGAAAUGUUUGAUCGUGCAUCACUCAAACUUGGUUUGGACAAGGCUGUCCUUCAGUCCAUGAGCGGAGACAAAAAUGCCAACCCUCAAUCCCAGAUGUCGAAGAAAGAGAUAGAGGAGCUGUUGAAGAAAGGUGCCUAUGGAGCUCUGAUGGAAGACGACAAGGCUGGGGAUGAGUUCUGUGAGGAGGACAUUGAUCAGAUCCUGCAGAGAAGAACACAAGUCAUUCAGAUAGAAUCAGAGGGCAAGGGAUCAACAUUUGCUAAGGCCAGUUUCAGUAUGUCCUCAAACAGAAGUGAUAUUGAUAUCAAUGAUCCAAACUUCUGGCAGAAGUGGGCAAAGAAGGCUGACAUCGAUGUUGAUGAACUCAAGUCAAGAAAUACUCUGAUUAUUCAAGAGCCCCGUCAGAGGAAACAGACAGCUCGCUAUGGUAACGAGGAUGCCAUGAUGGAAAUAAGUGACCUUGAAUCCUCAUCAGACAGUGGUGGAGAGGAAGAGGUCUCGGGUCUUCGUAGUGGAAGAAAGGGCAAGCGAGGUCGCCGACGGAAUCGUAAUGACGACGACUUUGAUCCCCUUGAUGAUCAAGCAGGGGAUGGCUUCCAUAGAUCAGAGUGCUUCAAGGUUGAGAAGAACCUUCUUGUUUAUGGCUGGGGCAGAUGGUCAGAAAUACUUGCUCAUGCUCGAUUCAAGAGAAGACUUGAAGAAAAGGAUGUUGAAGUUAUUGCAAAGGCUAUUUUGGUGCAUUCCCUCCAGUUUUACAAGGGAGACGAAAGAAUCAAAACCUUCAUCUGGGAUCUUGUGUCUCAAAAUGACGAAGACCAGCUCAAAAAUCACUCAGGUUUAUCUGCCCCUGUUCCAAGAGGCCGGAAGGGCAAGAAGCAGAAACAGACUUCCAAAGGCCCCGAAUUUGAAACGUCCACCCUCGACUUUGACCCUGAUGCCAUCCUGGAUCAUGGGUACAAGAGACAUCUGUUCCGACAUUCAAACAAGGUGCUUCUGCGGGUGCGCCUGCUGUACUACCUCAAACAAGAAGUAAUCGGGGAUGAAGUAGAGCGAGUCUUCCAGGGUGUGCCUGCCAGUGAAAUUGAUAUCCCUUCUCCAUGUGCUGAUGGGGAACUGCCUGCAUUGUGGUGGGAUGAAGAAUCAGACAGAUCACUCCUUAUUGGUGUUUUCAAGCAUGGAUAUGAGAAGUUCAACUUGAUGAGAUCUGACCCAGCUCUCCUUUUCCUUCAUCGUUGUGGUCCACCUGACAGUGAAGCACUGGCAAGAGAACAGAAUGAUGAUUAUGAUGGAGAGAAGGACGAGGAGAAUGAUCUUGAAGAUAAGUCCAUGAAUCUCAAGGACGAUGAAGAUGAUGAAGACCUGUCUCAGAGCUCAGCACCAGAGUCUGUGAAGAAAACCACCAAACCUGUAAUGCCUACAGAUUAUGGUGACAAAUUACCGUUCCCAAAUCCUUCUGAGUUGAACACACGACUGAGACGUGUAAUCACUGGAUAUCAGAGGAACCACAAGAAAGAACAACUUCGACUCCAGCAGAGGGCCAAGAAAAUGGAAAGACGAUCGAAAGCUGAGGAAGUUACCAAGAUCAGAGAAACCAAAAAGAAAGAGUACCUACAGAAUCGGUGGUCAAGGCGUGAAGAAGCUGACUUCUACAGGACUGUGUCAACAUUUGGAGUGGAAUAUCACAAGCCUACUGGAAGGUACAGGUGGGACCGCUUCCGAUGUUUUGCCAGACUGGACAAGAAGUAUGAUGACACCUUGGCAGAAUACUUCCAUGCUUUUUACCACAUGUGUCAGCGUGUUUGUGGCAAGUUCAAGACCCCUGAGGAAGCCAAGCCUCCAAAUACUGUGUAUGUUGAUCCUAUCACAGAGGAACGUGCCAGUCGCUGUCUAGCCCGCAUUGAUCUCCUCAACAAAAUCCGGGAAGAGAUCCUAGUCAAUCCCAAGUUAGAUGAACAUAUCAAACUAUGUCAGCCGUCCUUCGACAUGCCAUCUUGGUGGCAGUGUGGAAAACAUGACAAGGAACUGCUUAUCGGGGCAGCAAGGCAUGGUGUAGCUCGCACGGACUACCACAUCCUCCGCGAUCCUCACUUCUCCUUCCAUGAGAUGCUUCAGGCCAAGAACCUGCGUCACCAACACAACCCGUACCAGAUGAUGUCCCCGUACAGUGGAAUGCCUGUACCAGGGAUGCCAGAUACACCUUCAAAAGAAGAGAAGCCUGAAGUUGAGGAUGAGAAGAAGACAGUAAAGUCUGAGAAUGGUGAAGUGCAAGAUGAAGCCUCAAAAGACACUAAGAGUGAAAAAGAAGAGGGUGAUGAAGAAAAAAGUGCUGAUGUAAAAGAUGAUGAUGUAAAAGAUGAUAAGACAGAGGAGGAUGAAAAGGUUGUGAAAGAUGAGAAUGGAGAAGUUCCAAGUGAUGAAGACAAUGAGAAAGUGAAAAUUAAUGGUGAUGAUCAGUUGAGUGGUGAAAGUGAUGUGGAGGGAAAGACAAUGAAAAAGGAAGAAAUCAAAGAGGAAAUGUCUCCUGAGAAAAGCGAAGAAAACAAUGAGAAAGAGGAUUUGGAAGACGAUAAAGCAUUUGUGAAAUUAAAAGAGAAAGUGAAAAAUGAAGAUGAUGAGAUGAGUGACAAGGAAGUGGAGGAUAUUGUGAAGGAAGAGAAAAGUGUGAAAGAGGAAUCUGAGAGUGAAGUGAAAGAAGAGAUGAGUCCUGUGAAGGAAGAGAAAAGUGCUGUGACAGAUGAAGACAUGAAAGAAGAAAAGUCAACGGAUGAGCGAGACCUUGUGAAAGAGAAGGUUCAGGAAAUAAUCAAUGAUGUAAAGAAGGAGAGAAAGAUGGAGGAAGAACUCAUGAAGGACAACUUGCCGCCAUAUUAUGGCCAUGAUGAGUCUGGCUACCUUGACAUGGAUGGCCCUGAACCUGGAGAGAUCUACUCGGGAAGAAGUGUUCUGGGAACAGUUGUUGACUGGCCAAAGGAUCGAGUUAUUUUCCACCGGUUGGAACACAUCUGCUACACAGUGGAGAAUGGGGAGUGGCCAUUUGCUCGCAGAUCUGCAGGAGGACCUCCCUUCUUUGGAUCAGCAGGAUUUGACUCAAGAAGUGCCACACCUGUGGGAUCAUCUACUCCGAAGGGUGAUGGAUCGUUUAUGGACUCAGAUGCUGCUGACUCUUUACUGGAAGCUCCAACGCCGCAGGUGAUGAGGAUAAGUGGUGACAAUGAUAAGGACUUUGAGGUACAUGUGUCUGAGGGUGAAGGUCUGAAGAUGACAUUCCAUAAACGUGGCCGAGGCCGGAAGAAGCGAUAUGAAAUCGAUUCUGACAGGGGACAUGAAAGCAAGCUGUUGGCUGCAAGGGUACAGCAGCUGUUGAACCAGAGCACUCAGGGAGCAACCAGUGCAGCCUCCAGCGACAAUGAGAGCCAGUCAGAGUCGGCCAUGAACCUCUCAGGCUCAACACCAGGCUCGGCUUCAGCACUCACAGACAGCUUCCUUAAUGGCAGUAAUGCAGCUGAUCUUGACCCAAGUCAGCUCACUGCUACACUGAUUGAACAAGGCCUGUUGCCAGAGAAAAGACGCCGAGGUCGAAAACGUAAGGCUGAAAAGAUGGCUGAGGUUGCCCUUGCUGAAGCUAUUGCUAAACGCCAUCAGGCCAGGAUUCUUGCCAGUAUAGAUCCAGAUCAACGAAUUCCUGUCAUCUGUCUUGAAGAUGGAAGUCGUUUGUCUGGAGAAGAAGCCCCUCGGAAGAAGGACCUUGAACAAUGGCUCAUGACACAUCCUAACUAUAUCAUUGACCAGUCUGAGUUUGCCGUUGACGAGGAAGAACCAGGGGAGAUAACCCACCACAUGUCACCAAUGGAGCACUUUGAUAGGCCCAGGGGAAGGGGGCGGCGUCCACGGGUAGAUCCCCGAACUUUGGAUGUAGAAAGUCUUACGGGGCAGGAAAAUGUCUCGGUUGUAGAUCGAGAAACAGGCAAAAAGAUUACGGGAGCCAAGGCUCCGCCACUUAAACACCUUGCGGAGUGGCUGGAACAGAACCCUGCCUAUGAUGUGGAGGCUAAGUGGAGUGAGUUGGUUCGGGCUAAGGGCACACUACCAAAGAGUAUGGAUUCUCGGAUGCUAAAACCCUCAGGACGAGGUCGUAAACCAAGAGAAAGUAUGCUCCAUCCAUCGUUCCUAGGUGGAGAAGUGGGCUACCCUGCGAUGUCCAUGGCGGCAAUGUCCGCCUUCCCGGGAGCCGGGCUUUUGGGAAGCUAUCCUAAACUACCUCUGAAUUUGCCUUUUGGUGCAAUACCUAACCUGGGAAUGGUUAACCCAAUGCUUGGACUUGCUGGCUUUGGCCUACCGGGAAUGCCCAUGGCUUCUGCUCUUGGAAAGUCAGAAACUGAAACUAAAGAGAAAGACUCAGAGAAGGGUGAGGGUAGGGAAAGACGUAAAAGUGAUAAGUCCUCGUCCUCAUCAUCCUCAACAUCAACAUCAGCAGCGCCACACCCUUCAUUCCCAUCAGCAUUCUACUACAACCCACUACUGUAUAAUCCUAUGUUGGCUGCCCAGAGUCUUCGUAACUUUCCCCUCCCAUCAAAUAUGUCCUCGUCCUUUGCCUCCAUGGCUCAACAUGGUGCACUAAAUGGGCGGCUGGAGUCUGAGUCGGAGGAGGAAGCAAGACAUGUUGAUGAUGAAGCUGCUCAGGACAAAGCAGAGGAUCUCUCUGUUACCAAGAAGUCCUCUCGUGGUGAACCUCAUGAUUUGUCUGUGAAAAAGAGCAGUCGUGAAAAGAGUUAUUCCAAGGAAAGGUCUCAUAAGUUACAAGAUCAUGCUACAGAUCUCUCAGUUAAAACCAAACCAGAUGUGAAAUCAAGUAUUGACAGUAAACUCAAAGAAGACAAAGUCAAAAGGAUGAUGAACAAACCCAAAAUAUUAGGAUCAUCAAAACUGAGUAAAAUUGUGGAUACUUUGAAAGACAAGGUUAUGAAAAUCGACAAGAAACCAAACGACAACCCCUCUGAAAGUUCUCCCAACAAAAGUGACAGUAAGCCCACAAAAAGUAAAGGAGAAAAAUCAGAGAAAUCUGUUAAGAGUCCAGUUGAAUCUGUACCAGAUGAGCCUCUGGCUUUGGACAGCAAGUCCAGUUCUGAGGGAAAUGUGGAAACAGGUGAAGAUGGGGGUGGCGAAGAUAAAGAGGAGAAUUCUUGAACAAAGUGCUCUGACUACAUACACUCUGUGCUACAAUCAAAAGUGAUGGCCACCCACCUGCCUCCAUUCACCAAUAUGUUACUGUCACCUCCAUGAGUCCAUGUACAUGUACAAGUUUCAUUCUGGGGAGUGCGAUGGCAUUUGAUACCUCAGCGUGAAUUGUUGUGGUCACUUGUGCUACAGGGGGCUAUAUACAGGCCCUUGGACAAAUAAGCAUUCACGCAACAUCACCCACUCUUCUGACCAUGCCCGAAUGGACGGAUUGACUCGUUGCAUCAUUCCAACUGUCUCUUCAGGGAGGCUGUCACUAACUGUGGCUCAGUGUCUUGUGGGCUGCUCUCAAAACCCAGUGAAUUCAUCAGAACCCAUAUGGUGUAUUCCCUUCAACCAUUGAAACUUCUGCCUUGGAUACUUCACCAAAUACCUCAGUAUUAAAACUGCUGUGUUUCAUAUAAACCCUCUAUGCAUGUUUUCACCUGGCUUAUUGUGGAAGCUAAGGAUGCGCACACACACUGGGCUAACUACCGUGGGCUGCUCCAAUUUGUUUAACCACUGUUGUAGAUAGUAUCCUCUCGCUGUCUGUCACGCCUGUUCAUACAGUUGCUCCUCAUCCAUGGCUUUGUAAAUUGCACCUGUUUCAUAAGACAGAGAUAAAAAAAACUGGUCUCAGGGCAUUUUUUGUAGAAUUGUAUGAAUAUAUUUUGACACGGAACUUGUAGUGGUAUUUACCUUGGCCUGGGCGCAGAGAGAGCACCAGAGCCAGUAUUUUGGUAUUACAGCUAAUUUGAUUGAAGGCAAUCAUUAAGGGGAGACAACCCCUCUUCUCCCUCCCUCCCUCAUUACCUCAUAAGACAUUACUGACCCAGUUGUACUGCAGUGGUCUGGGGACUACGUGUAUAUACUACUGUGUUGAGUUUGUCGGACUUGUCGAUGAACAAUUCCUUAGCUGGUAGUAUUUUGUUGGGAUUUUGUGUUUUACUCACGUUCAUCCUCUGCCUGUGGCAAGAUGGGCGUUUCCAUGUGAUGUGUCUUUGUUACCUUCUUCAGUUGUGUGGUGAGCCGUCAGUCAAUAUGUUUCUAGUAUUUUCACUGUAUCAUAUUCAAUUUACAUGAACCAUUGCUGCCUCGGUUUAUUUGAACUAAGUCAAGCAUCUCAUGAGAUUUCAUUAAAGAGUGUAUAGGUUUACUUAAGCUUGAAUGUUUUUCUUAUGUUUUAGACAUAAUCAGCAAGAAACCAAGGCUGGGAACUUAGGAGACAUGUUGCUUGUUGUGUUUGAGAGACUGUAGAAACCAUUAAGCGAACUAAGAAUGUAAUGUGUGCACCAUAUUGAGAAAUGAGAAUGAAAGACUUCUCAGACAGUAAAACUUUUCUCCCAGAUCUCUCUUGGUCGUGUUUUUUUGCUGAUUUUGUCAUAUCUUAUUAUGACUGUUUAUUUUGUGUCAGAAGUCUAAACCAUAAUCAUCUGGUCUGGUGCCCGCAUGAAAUGUUGCACAUUUAUUUUGCAGUCUAUAUUAUUGCACAGAUUCUUUUACCAUGAAAUUUGACUUAGGUGUUAUUAUUUAUGAUUGUAUACCUUAUAAAAUCCUGAAACUGAUGUGUAACCUCGUAAGUUAGUAUUGUUCUGAACAUUGAUUUGCACGAACUAUUGCUCAACUGUUAGGAAAUGAAAAGAGCGGGUAAAGUUUGUACAGAUUGAAUGCAUUAAUUUAUCUAGUUUGGAAACAUGCGUGCCAGAAUCUUGUACAAAUGCAGGGUGCCUAACUUAUCUGCAUGAAAGCUUUCCAUAUUAAUUUGCUUAUUAAUUAAAUAUUUUGAAGAUAGCUGAUCAAUUUUACAUAGGAGUGGGCUGAUGAUCUGUUCGUCAGUAUUGUUGCAUAUUUUUUGUGACAUUUUGUACAUGUUUGGUUACUUUAUGUAGAUAGCUGUUACCUUUUUAGUUUGCAUAGACUUUCUUGUGUGGUCAACACAACAGCCAUAUUGUUUCUUCUUCUUUUUUUCUUUUUUUUUUUCAUAAUGGGCCAGAGGAGGCCUAAUAUUUGGUCUGAAGUUGAACUGCCAUUUGUAUUUAAUUACUGCUAGGAAGUUUUGUAAAUGUCUGUACAUUCCUAUUGCCGUGUCACAACGAUUGGCCACAGUCACUAUAACUUCAGGUCAUGUCACUAGCAACAGCAUUUGUUUCCAUCAUGUCAUAGAUCUUACUGUUAAUACCCCUGUCACUGGCAGUCAUCAUGACUGCUAAGGGGAUGCUGACUUUAUUCAGUAAGACACACCAGCAGUCAUCAUCACUACUUGUGGGAUGGGUUCUGAUUUGUUGAAGUACCCAUGUCACCAGCAGUUAUUAUCACUGCUUGAAGGGGCACUGUCUUGUUUCAGCACCACACGGACCAUGAUAACUACUUGUGGAUGUGUGCUGUUUGUUGCAGUACUCUUUCACCAGCAGUCAUUAUGUUUGUGUUGUGGGUGGUGACUAGUUGCAGUAGCCAUCACCAGCAGUCAUGUACACUACUUGUGAAUGGGUACUGUCUUGUUGCAGUACUCCACUCACCGGCAGUUCUUGUCACUGCUUGUUGGGAUGCUGACUGCUUUCUGUAGCCUUCUCACUGGCAGUCACCAUCACUACCUAGGGGUACUCCUUUGUUACCUGACGUUGAAAACCUGGCUUCAGGAGUCAUUGAUCCUUAUAAACCAUUCUUUCAGCCUGUUCUGUCAGAUCCAAUAUUCAGAAAUAUAUUGUCCUUGAUUUUAGUAGUUCAUCAUUUCAAACAGUUUGAUGUUACAAACCCUAAAUCUAAUUUCAAAUGUGUGAUAUAUUUAUUGAAUAAUGUAAAUUUAAUAUCCGUUUUCCUCAGCAAUAUCCGACUCCAGAGAUUGUUGUUAGUUAUUUAUUACCUGUUAACAUUUCCAUACCUGAAUGAAUGAAAUCAGUGCAUUGUAAAACUUAUUUUCAGCAAGUGGCACCAUCAGUGUCUCAAAUAGGUGUCUCUUCCACCGAUCAUUUGACAUGUGAAUCAUUCUACAUAUGUACAAAGUCACAUGACACAAUACUACACAUGUUCUACUUAAAUAUAUUUUUUCCUGUCUUGAGGGCAGAUCAAGUGUAUGUUAAGAUGCUCUGAAAUUUUCAGUAAUAAACAUUCAGAUCUACAAAUUUGUUUCAUUUUUGAUAUUCUGACACUUUCACCUUUUCCCCUGCACUCUUCCUGAAGCCAGGUUGACCAUUGUGUCAUAAGUUAUUGUGGUAAAUUAUUCACUGACCAAUUCAUUUAUGGUGAGCCAGUUUCUACAUGAAUGUUCUGGUUCAGUCACUAUUUAAUCAGCAUGUAAGUAUUUAUUGGAGGAGAUGAAAUUUUGUAUGUAUAAUUAUUUUUAUUAAGAUAUGGCUUUGGUGUUUCA